ACAUAUUGUAAUUGUCUUUGGUAAUGUGUAUGUGUGGUGGUGACUGAUGGAUUCUUGGUGAUAUUUAUUAAUUUUGUGAAAUACAGUGUAAAAUAAAAGCAACAAUAAGUUCUUACUUAAAAAGCACAAUUGAUUAUCAAAUAUGGGCGACGCUUGCCAAGCUUGUCUAACGCGGGUGCCGCAUGCCACCCUAAUAGCUACUAUUAUGUGCUGUUUGGGCGUGGGUGUGUUUUGUGGCACCAUGUACCGAGGCUCUGCGUUAUCAAUACUGAUGUUUGAUGAGGUAUUCCACUUCCGACUUAUAUGGAUCGAAGCUCUACAGAUGAUCUUCAUCGUUGGCAGCGCUUGUAUGGCUGCCCUCGGCUUUAUGUUAUUGUGUUUGGGAUGUUUGACUACAGGUGCCACUAGACAAAAAGUAUACAGAGCUUGGAGGGCUAGAGUCGGUGGAAGGAUAUCUUGUGCUGUAUUUAUGAUCAUCACAUACAUCUUAACUUUCGUUUGGAUUUUAUUACUAGGAUUCCUAGUAAUAACAACAUUCUUAUUUACGAUAUUCUGGAAAUUGUGCCUGAAACCCGAUACCAAUUGUAUAGAUUUCACUCAGUUUGAUUUUAUGUUUCCUUCGAGUGUACGACAAGAAGAUAUGAAAAUAUGCGGCGAACACAAGAUAAAGUUAUUCUGUAAAGACUGUGUUGAGAAAGCAGAAAUCAUGUUCAUUCUCGCAAUGGUGGCUUGUAUACUGGUUAUAUUGAGUUUGGUGCACUACUUGAUGUGUUUGUCAGCUAAUUAUGCGCACAUCAGAGACCACGAGAAAUUCCAAGAGCUUCAAGAGCUGCAGUAUUUGACAAACCCAGAUUUGCAUGCCUCUAAGGAUCGCUUCUAGUAUAUGGCCCGUGCGCCAUUGCUGCGCUCUCUAGAGGCCUCCACAAAAAUGUGACAUGGCUAAUGAGAUGUCAUAACUGACCAAACAUGAUGUUCAUUGACUAAUUAAUUACAAAAGACUGACUCAGUGAAGAGUGACUAAAUCCCACAAUUAGCUAUAAGUGUUCUUUACCUUAUAUUCUCUACAUAUCAACUUAUUUCACAAUAUUACCUUUACUUUAUUUUAGUGAUCUCUGUCCAUAUUUUAACAUUCCUUUAAUAUUACCAUUGUUAAUACAAAUAGAAUUUAACUAUGUAUUUUAGGUGCUUAUUAUAAUAUUUGGCAAUUUUAUUGAUGCAGCUUGUAUAACUAGCAUAGUAUUCUAUAACUUAAGAUAUUAAAUAAAUUAUUAUUUUUAUAAUUUACAACUGUGACAGCGCAUUGUGUUGUUCAUUUUUAAAAUGAAUUGAUUUUGCAUGUUUCGGAUUAGGUUUAAUCAUCACCAAUCAAUUAUUAUACAAAUUUAGUACAAUUUAAUACAUUGUCGCAAACAAUCAAAGUGUUAGCAAAUUAAUAUAAGAAAUGUGUAGUUUUAACAGAAAAUUACAGACUGAAUUUUGUACUGCUUUUAUUGUUUAAAUACAUUUUAUAGAUGGUUUUCUAAUAACUAUAAUUUAUUCUUUGGCACUUUUAUAACCAUUUAAUAAUACUUCAGUUUGUUGUGCAGUAUUCUGCAUUUGUUCCUCUAAAACCUGUCUUCACAAAUGUUACAUUAAAAAUAAAUAUUCAAAUUUUAUAUAAAAUAUAAAAUUUUUCUUUUUAUUUAAGUUUAUAAUGUACCUGUUAUUAGAUGAUAUACUUAGGAAGGGCAGACUGACAAAAGUUGUGCUUGUACUACAUAUUCAGGAAUUUUAAGAUACAUCUUCGAAAUCUUUUAUUCAAGCCAAACUUUGUUUGCUACUGGCUUUGCCUAUUUUAUCAUCCACACGAAAUAACAUUGUGUUCUAAUUCAAUUAAAUAAUGGUUAUAAAAAUACAUAAAAAUGUACCUACUGAAUUGCACCCUGUUUUUUGGUAAAUGGGCUGAUGUCCAUAUAUCAAUGCAAAUUUUGGAAAACUGUAAUUAUUAAUUAGAUAAGAAUUUUAUAAUAAAUGUUCGUUUAUAAA